UCAUGCAUCGAUCAUCCCUCCUUUCGCACUAUUAGCGCAUUAGCAACAGCAGGAAUGGCAUGCUCCUCAGCGGCGCCCAAAUUCGCGGUGCGCAGGCAACCGGCAGUGCUGGUGGCGCCGGCGGCCCCAACGCCUCGUGAGCUGAAGCGGCUCUCAGAUUUUGAUGAGCAGGAUGGUGUGAGGGUCCAAGUCCCCAACCUCUAUUUCUACCGGAGGAACAAGUCCAUGGGCAGCAAGGACCCCGUGCGGGUUAUACAGGAGGCUCUCGCCAAAGCCCUUGUGCCCUACUACCCGUUUGCUGGACGGCUCCGAGAGCAAGAUGGAUGCAGGCUCGCCGUCGACUGCACAGGUGAGGGGGUUUUGUUUGUUGAGGCCGACGCUGAAGUUGGCCUUGAGCAUUUUGACGAUCCCCUACUGCCGCCCUUCCCGUGCCUUGAGGAGCUCAUCUUUGACGUCCCCGGCUCUUCCGCCAUCCUCAACACUCCCCUUCUGCUCUUCCAGGUGACGCGACUCACCUGUGGAGGAUUCAUCCUUGCGGUCCGGCUGAACCACACCAUGGCUGACGCACAGGGGCUGAUGCAGUUCUUGGGCGCCGUGGCAGAGCUUGCGCGGGGUGCGCAGGCUCCGUCCGUGCUGCCGGUGUGGAAACGGGAGCUGUUGGAGGGGCUCAACCAGCAACAGCCGGCGCUGGUGCACGGCAAGUUGCACGAGGUGUCGGGCAGUAACACUAGCACCAAGGCCAGCAGUAUCAUGAUUCCGUCAGAUACCGCGGCGCUGCGGCUCCGCUCCUUCUUCUUCGGGGCCCGAGAGAUUGCUGCUAUUCAAGCCCAGCUCCCGCCGCACCUCCAGAAGCGUGCCACAAACUUCGACACAAUCGCGGGCUGGAUUUGGAAGUUCCGCACGAUGGCGCUGUCCCCGGACCCCGACGAGGUGAUGGUGCUGGCGGUGGUCGUCAAUGCACGUGGCCGCAACACCACCGCAGUCGGCAUUCCCAUCGGCUACUACGGAAACGCGUUCUUGGUCCCGGUCGCCAUGUCAACAGCUAGGGAGCUAUGCACAAACCCCCUGAGCUACGCCGUUGAGCUGGUGAAGAAGGCGAAAAACCAGGUGGACAUGGAGUACAUGCGGUUAACGGCCAACCUCAUCGUACUUCGUAGGGGGCAAAGUCCGCGCAUCGCCGCGGGCAUGUAUUCUCUGUCGGACACAACAAGGGCCAGGUUUGAGGACCUCGACUUCGGAUGGGGCAAGCCGGUGUAUGGUGGUCCGGCAGAAGCUGUCGGCGUCCCGUCCAUUCCCUGGGUGGGGAGCUUCCUCUUAGCCUCCAAGAACGCCGACGGCGAGGACGGCAUGGUCGUACCGAUGUACCUGCCUGGCCCUGCUAUGGAUAGGUUGGUGGAAGAGAUGAACAAGGUGCUGGGCCUGUCAGCCGAUGUGACCCUGCACCAGCCUCACGUAUCCCUGUCAAGAGGUCAGCGCUAUGAAUAAUUCACCAUGUGUUGAGUGCUGACUAUGGCCAAAAUGAAACUUCAUUAUUGCAUAGUAGCAUGAGAAUAGUAGUAUUGCACUAUAGCCUCACGUAUCCCUGUCAAUAAGUCAGCGCUAUGGAUAAUUCACCGUGAGAAUAGUACUAUAUUGCACCAGCCUCACGUAUAUAUGCUAUUGCAUAAUUCCUUCAACACUAGUGGUAUGCUAUUGUAUGUUUGCGUGAGGGGUUCUAUUUA